AAAGUACAUUGUCGUACUUGGAAUAUUUCGUGAAGAAAAUGUACACUUCUCUAAAAAUAUUGGCAUAUCUAAUUUACUUUUAUGUAAAAGUGCAGCAGUUCUUUUUCUAAUGUGAAUGAAUUCGUCUAGUAUCUGAGUACUGAUAUAAAAAUCAUUAAAUUUGCUCUACUUUCACUUUUACACUCCCUCCAACAGCUGUCUAAUGGCUAGUCGAGUGGCUGUGAUUGGGGCCGGUGCAGCUGGUCUCUGCGCCGUCCGUCAUCUGUGUGCUAGCCCGGAUCUCUUUAGUGUGGUUUGUUUUGAGCUAAAUUCUGUAGUUGGAGGGACGUGGGUCUAUACAGACGCUACAGGAAAAGACAAAAAUGGUCUACCAAUCCAAUCGUCCAUGUACAAAAAUCUCAGGACAAAUUUACCAAAGGAAGUGAUGGCUUUCCCUAACUUUCCAUUUAAGUCAUCUCUACCCUCCUAUAUAAUGCAUCAGGAUGUGUUAGAAUACUUGCAGAGUUAUGCAGCUCACUAUAAUCUAUAUAGAUUUAUCAAGCUAAACACAAUGGUGACCAAAGUUCAUUCAAGACCCUGCACUGGAGACAGAGAAUCAUGGGACGUGUCAUACUGUGAUGUCACAGACCGAGGGCAGGUUCACACUCAGGAAUUUGAUGCUGUUGUUGUCUGUAAUGGCCACUAUUCCAUCCCUUUGUAUCCCACAAUUCCUGGAAUGGAAGACUUCCAGGGUCAGGUGAUCCACAGUCACAAUUACCGGAGCCCAGAGGCGUUCAGAGACAAAAGGGUUGUAUGUCUGGGAGCUGCCGCUUCAGGACAAGACAUUGCGGUGGACGUUUCUACUAAAGCUGAAAUGGUUUACUUAAGCCACAACAAACCCCCACUACAGACCUACCUCCCAGACAAUGUGCAACAAAAACCGGGAAUUAAGAAAUUAGGGACUCGUUCUGUCACCUUCCUGAACGGAGACGAGACAGACACAGACGUUCUACUGCUUUGUACCGGAUAUCAUUAUUACUUCCCGUUCCUGUCUGAAGACUGUCAGGUUCAGAUUUCUGAUGAGAGAAUUACUCCUCUGUACAAACACUUGAUUCACAUUGAUCAUCCCACCAUGGCAUUUGUUGGUAUACCAAAAACAAUCUGCCCAUUUCCCCAGUUUGAUGUUCAGAUUCGAUUUUUCUUGUCUUCCUUGUCGGGAAAAUUCAGACUACCAUCAAAAGAAGACAUGCUUUUGGAUACGGAGCAGGACUUUCAGAGUAGGUUGUCCCAAGGAUUACUGGUACGAUACGCCCAUGUCCUGGGGACCAGACAGUGGGGGUACAAUGAUGAGUUGGCAGAUUUAGCCGGUGUGGAACUCAUUCCUAGAGUGGUGCAGAAUCUAUACGACUAUGUCCAUGAAACCAGAGUGAAAGACAUUGUUCGCUAUAAAAACCGGAACUAUGAAAUCAUUGAUUCUGAAAGAUUCAGCAAUCUAGACAAGCAGACCUAAAAUGUUUGGCUAUGUUGGAUUUAAAACAAAAAUUGUUAAUGAUGCUGCAAUACAUUGUUGAUUAGGCUACUUUCUAUUUAUACACAGAGUGAGUUAACCACUGUUGUACCUAUCAGGCUAUUAUGGAACACUUCUAUUCAUAUCGUACAUAUCAGAAGUGCAGUAUAGUAAUAAUAAAUAAGAUAUUACUCAGUUUGACAUCUUUCAUGUGCCAAAUGUGCAUUAGUUUAAAUAAAAUUACAUGCACUAGAAA